ACUCAGUGUUAGGAAGAAGCAAUAGAGCUGUGUUCCAAGAUGCCAUCAACUCGCAUGGAGUAUGGAGAGGGUAUCGAAGCAGCUUAAGGGACUUGGUGAUAAAUCAGAUCCCUUUUGAAUGUAGAUUCUCGGUUAAAACUGUCUUUAGAUGAAGCCAUUAUAGAAACCUAGGGUUGCCUUAACCCAGUGUCGGAGGGUGGAAAAGAAACUUUGGAAUCAGUUUGGUUCUGUACUCUGCCCUUAUUAACUGCAUGAGUUUGGACAAAAUAUUUAAUUUCUCUGGCAUUAUUUCCUCAGCUACCAGGCCGGUUACAUCUGGAGCUCCGGAACCUAUUGACAGCCUCUGGCAACUUUAUAUUUAUCUAUGUAUGGAAAAGUCACAGAGAGUUAAUGAUUUUAUAUUGCAAAAACUCAAAGGAGUGGAUGAAGACAUCGAAAAGGGAUCAAGAAGAAUCACAUUAAACCUCGCUGGUAACAAUCACUCAAUGCCAGUGGAAAGACUAACAAAUGAAGAUUUUUUAAUUCUUUCUAAAACUUUAGAGAAGAAUCCAUAUGUUAAUGGUUUGGAUGUUAGAUAUAACCUCAUAAGUGAUGCUGGUUUAUACUAUGCUGCAAAACUGCUUCAGAAACAACACAAUCUCAUUUACUUAAACCUUAUGUUUAAUGAUAUUGGGCCCAAAGGUGGAGAACUGAUUGCUAAAGCACUACAUAAGAAUACAACUCUGAAAUACCUAAGAAUGACUGGAAACAAGGUUGAAAAUAAAGGUGGAAUGUGUUUUGCUGCAAUGCUACAAAUGAAUUCAUCCUUAGAGAAGUUAGAUCUGGGUGACACUGAUCUGGGAAUGCAAAGUGUGAUAGCAUUUGCUACAGUCCUAACUCAGAACCAGACAAUUAAAGCAAUAAACCUAAACCGACCUAUACUGUAUGGUGAGCAGGAAGAGUCCACAGUUCAUCUAGGCCACAUGUUAAAGGAAAAUCACAGUCUUAUUACACUACACAUGAGUAAGCAUGAUGUGAAAAAUUCUGGCCUAAAACAGUUAUGUGAUGCACUAUAUCUGAACAGAAGCCUGCGCUACCUUGAUGUCAGCUGCAAUAAAAUAACUCAUGAUGGAAUGGUGUUUUUGGCUGAUGUACUGAAAAGCAACACUACCCUGGAAGUAAUAGAUCUUUCUUUUAACAGAAUAGAAAAUGCAGGAGCAAAUAGUCUCAGUGAAACUCUUGCUUCACACAACAGGAGCCUUAAAGCGUUGUCAAUAGUCAGCAACAACAUAGAGGGAGAAGGACUUGUUGCACUUUCACAGUCAAUGAAAACAAAUGCCACACUCUCUAAUAUCUACAUCUGGGGAAACAAAUUUGAUGAGGCUACAUGUGUGGCAUAUUCAAACUUAAUUAAAAUGGGCCGUCUAAAACCAGACGAUACCGAUGUGCAGCCGUAUGAGGUGGAUGGACGUGUGUAUCUUUCAGAAGUCUCCAAUGGCCUUAAAAGGCACUACUAUUGGACACCAACUUAUGGAGAAGCUUUCAGCCACUCAUCUAAUGCCGGUUUCAGUCUUGUACCAGUAGGCCAACAGCUAUGACAAACAGCUCUAAAAUAAUUUUCACACAUUUGACUUCUUAUAUUCACAGAGAGGAACAUUUUAUUGCCCAUUUCAUAAAUUAGGACAAAUUACUUUGAUCAAAUAUGUAAAAGAUAUGGCUAUAUUAAACUAUCCAUUAUGAAAAAACUGAGUAGUGCAAUUUUUAAAAGGAAAUUUUACAAAAUAGAGACUACAAUUUUUAUACCCUGGAGAAAGAAAUCAAGGAACUUUCUGUAAAGAAAAUAUAACCAAGUAGUAAAAUAGCAUACAAGAAAAGGUCAUUAUAGGUAUGCUAACUCUAGGUUGUCAUGAAGUGGUAAAAAGGUUUCAGGUAGCAGAUUCUCAGGGAAUU